GAGUACGUCGCGAGCAUGCCGCGGCGGCAACACGCGUCUUGUCAAAUUCAAAUUUCGAACAGUGUAAAAAUAUAAUAUUAUUUUUUUAAUUUCAAUUACCUAUUUCGUGCGUUAAUGAAAGUUUUUUUUUUAAAUUUUCCUUUGUGCCAGAACUUUGAAAUGAGACAGUGACAUUUUUUAUUUUAAAAGUGUGGAUUAUGGAAUCCGAAAUAAGCGAAACGCAAACUCAAAAGAAAACACCUAAGCCGUUUUCGAUAGAAUCUUUAAUCGGAAGUGAUAGAAAAUCGCCAGAAAUCGAUAUAGAAAAUAACAUAUCAGAACAUUCGAGAAAUUCUGAGGAUGAUGACAAUGAAAGAUUGGAGGAAAUUAACAGGAUGCGAUAUUAUUUUAACGCGCCAUUUUUGCAACAAAAUGGCGUUAGUUUUCCUUUUUUAUUGGGUUACCCUGAGCCGUGGUUGUCAAUGGUAUUCAGCCAAGGGCCGCAGGUGACGGAAAAUAAGGAAGAAGAGAAAAGAGAUAGUCCUGUCAGUGUUGGGAGUGAAGUAGAAAGUGAUACAGGAGAGGAUAACACUCAAGGCAACGACUCGGACCAAGAAGAAGACAGUGCAGACGCGCCCCGCGAGAGCAAGGCUCGCCGCAGACGAACAGCAUUCACGUCUGAACAGCUGCUGGAACUGGAGAGGGAGUUCCACGCCAAGAAGUACCUCAGUCUGACGGAGCGAUCGCAGAUAGCCGCCGCCUUGAAGCUCAGCGAAGUGCAGGUGAAAAUAUGGUUCCAAAACCGACGAGCGAAAUGGAAGCGGGUGAAAGCUGGCCUCGCAUCCGGCAGCCAUUCCGGCGGGAAAAACGGAUCCGGCACCAAAAUCGUGGUCCCCAUACCGGUUCACGUCAACCGCUUCGCCGUCAGAACACAACACCACCAAAUGGAAAAACAAAACGGAAUGCAAUACAGAUUAGAUAGAACACAAACAAUACCCAGUAGUUUAUUACAAUCGCAGACAUCCGCAUUUUUGAGCGCAUCAAAAUUACCGGAAAAUCGGCCCGAAUCGAUAAUUUUGAAUCCACUUAGUCGAAACACUAUUUACGAUGCUAGCAUGUCCGCUAGGUUGGCAACAAUGACCCAAGCUGCCAGUUUAAGACAUUUUACAAAUCAAAAUGGCAGACCAAGUUAAUUUACAGCAAGAAACAAAUUGGACCAUAUUAGAAUUAGGAUAUUAGUGUAUCAUAUUUAGGGUUGAAUAAGAAUUGUAUAAAUGAAUUUAUUAUAAUUAAAGAGCGUGUGAUGAAAUUA